CAAAUAAUGGUGAACCAUCGCCCUAGAUCAAAAGAAAAAGCCCUAGUUCAAAUCUAGGUAGCGCGCUUCUUUCCUGUUUGUUAUGCCUGCUGGUAUGAUGGCUAUGCACUUCCACUUCUAUCGCAUGACACAGCAACAUCAGUCUAUGGCCUCUAUAUGUCUCCUUCUUCUUUGUGCAUGGUCAACUAAGCAGCAGCGCCGAAGGAGCCUAGUUACUUUCGAUAUCACUACUAACCUCUUGAUAAGAUGCUAAUACUCAGGUGCCAAAGGGAGCGGCCAAGCGCACAGAUGGAUUUGGAACAAUAGAGACAGAGGCGGGCAUAACUUAGC